AUGAAUGAUCAUACUGUGAUAAAAGGUCACAGUCUAGAAUCUGAUUACCCAAUUGGUAAUGAAUCUGACGAUGGUAUUAUUCAUGACAAUAUUGAUGAUUUUGAUAUGGACAUGGAUAUUGAAAAUGGAAAUCCAGAAAUUGAUUACUAUCCGGGACUUUCUAAGACUGGACAUUCAUUUCUUGGUCAGCCCGAGUCAAUGGCAAGCUCAAUUAAAAGAAAAAUCAAGAAGUUCCUCAAUCUAUUGAACUCUUACCAGGGAAGAAAGUUAAUUAUUGGAAUUUUCAUGGCUUCUACAGCAAUUGUGUUAUUUGCCCUAAUGCUAUUUGCCGGACAUUCAGGAGGUGAUGCAAGCUUACCAGGUGGUGCCGUUCAUGAAGGCAAUGGCGAUGGUAAUACGGAAUACCCGUAUGACAAUGAAAAACAGAAUUCCGGAAGUGAUAGUGGUGAAAAAGGUUUGCCUGAAAAUGAUGUCCAAAAUCUUGCUAAAAUGAGUUUGGAUGAUAUGAGAUCAGGGAAAUUUUGGGUAUUCGAUUACAAUGUAAAUUUUAUUGAUUACGACGAAACAAAUGAAACAAAAGAAGUUUCAGAAGACAGUAGUCGGUCUAAGCGUAGUGAAAACGACGACAAAGACGAUGACAAAGACGAUGACAACGACGAUGACAAAGACGAUGACAAAGACGAUGACAAAGAAGACGACAAAGGUCGUGGGAAGAAUGAUGAAAAAGAUGAUGUUAAUGUCCCAAAACAUAAGAACGGUGACCCCGGAUAUUAUCUCCAUCAAUCAGAAGGCAUGGUGUAUUUGCAAAUGGCUUCCGACAAAUCUUUCAAGAGAAGUAUUUUAGAGCUGUCUAAAUUACAAUAUGGGGGAAAUAUGCUGAAUCCACAUCUAGUUUCUGUAACAAAAGAUCUCAAGAAAUUCAUUGUAUCUUCUGAAUCUGAGGAUGUCUGGAGACAUUCGUCACUUGCAAGAUACUGGAUCGUGGAUGCUGAAACACAAGAAGUAACCCCUGUUCAUUAUACUACCAAAAAAUCUGACUCCGUUGAAAUAAUUGUACCCCUAAAAAUCUCAUAUGCUGCGUUUUCUCCUGAUGGCCACUUUGUUUAUUUUAAUUAUAAUUCCAAUUUGUUUUUGAAAGAUUUGAAGUCUGGAAAAUCUAAACAAAUCACAAAAGAUGGUGAUGGGGCAAAUAUUUUAAAUGGAAAACCUGAUUGGGUUUAUGAAGAAGAGGUUUUAGCAUCUGAUAGAGCUAUCUAUUGGGAUAACAAGGGCUCAAAGUUUGCAUUUAUAAAAUGGGAUGAUACAAAUGUCCCCGUAUAUAAUCUUGAGUUGUUUGGUGAUAACAAGUAUCCGAAGAUUCUUGAACUUAAAUACCCCAAACCAGGAUUUCCUAACCCGGUGGUUUCAUUAUAUGUUUAUCACAUUGAAAGCUCUAAGAUAAUAAAAGUCAAACAGCCUGAGGACCAAGAAAAAGAUUCUGAUUUUUUGGGCAAAGAUUUUAUUAUUUACCAAACAACGUGGAUUAGUGAAAAUGAAUUGUUAUUCAAAAGGACAGAUAGAUCAAGUAGAAAGAUUCAGGUUUGCGUUUUCGAUGUCAAGGAAAACAAAACAAAAGUCGUAAGAGCUUAUAACACAGAUGAAUAUAACGGUUGGUAUAAAAAUAAUGGUGCAAUUUAUGUUUUACCUGAUAAAUUGGGCUACAUCGAUAAUGUUGUGCAUGAGAAACAUGACCAUUUAGCACAUUUCAAGUCAGCUUUUGACUCUGAAGGUGAUCUAAUAACCUCUGGUGAUUGGGAUGUCAUUGGUGGUGUGGUUGGUUAUAAUGCAGAAGAUAAGCAAGUUUAUUUUAUUGGAACAUCGGGAAAUUCCUUGCAAAGGCAAAUUUACAGGGUUAGUUUGGAUGGCACUAUUUUGACUGGUUUAACAGAACUAGACAAAAUACAUCAUUAUUCAUUGGAUGUAUCUAAAACCGGUAAGUGGGGGGUCAUCAAGUAUGGCGGUCCAGAAUUACCUACUCAAAAGCUCGUUGAACUAGAUAAACUUUUAGAUGGCGACUACUAUGAUUCAAUUCCAACAUUAAAUGAGGUUGAAAAAGUCGAAGAAACUCUGAAAAAUUUCGAAGUUCCAACCAAAGAGUAUAUCCCAAUCAAGUUACACGAUGAUGUUACAGUUAAUGUAAUCGAAGUUAAACCUAAAGAUUUUGACGAAAGUAAGAAAUAUCCAAUCUUAGUCAGCGUAUAUGGAGGACCUGGUAUACAGAAGGUCAGCUGUGAGUUUAAUUAUGGCUUUGAAGAAGUUGUUUCCUCUUCCCUAGAUGCUAUUAUUCUAUAUAUUGAUCCAAGGGGUACCGGAGGAUCAGGAUGGGAAUAUAGAGGAUGGGCUAGAGACAAUAUUGGAUAUUGGGAGCCGAGCGAUAUUACUGAGGCAACAAUAAUUUACAUGAACGAAAGAGAAUCUUAUAUAGAUAAGGAAAGAGUCGCAAUAUGGGGAUGGUCCUAUGGUGGUUUUACCACUUUAAAGUCGCUGGAAUUUGAUGAAGGAAAAACAUUCAAAUAUGGUAUUGCAGUGGCACCUGUGACCAACUGGGAGUUGUAUGAUUCUAUUUACACAGAGAGAUACAUGGGAGUACUAUCUGAAGAUAAUAAAUAUGAAGAUGCAAAGAUAUCUAAUUUUGAGGCAUUCGGCAAGGUCGUGCAAUUUCUAGUUAUCCAUGGUACAGCAGAUGAUAAUGUGCAUUACCAAAACACUUUACAAUUGCUGCAUGAAUUUGAUAUUGCCGGAAUUGAGAAUUAUGAUGUGCAUGUCUUCACAGAUUCAGAUCAUUCUAUUCGCCAUGAUAACGCCAAUGUAAUUGUUUAUGAUAAACUAUACAAUUGGCUGGCUACUGCGUUCAACUAA